UGAGGAUGGGAAGUCUCAGACGAUUGGGGAUGGGAAGUCUCAGAUCAGUUUAGUGUAGCUGUCACGUGACUGUUGUUUGAGAUAAAUGCCUUUUGGUGACAUGACACUUAAUUGAGCUAUGUCAUUGCAGACCACAUGACCAAAGGCAUGAUCAGAUCUGCUGUCGUCCCUCCUCCUCUCGCAGCUCAGCUUCCCUGUUCAGUAGAUGAACUACAUUUCCCAGAAAUCCCUGCGGUGCAGCGUUAACUUCAGCAGCUUGACGACUUUCUACGGCGACUUCCUCAGCUCUGUAAACUGCGAAAGUGUUUACACGUCGCUCACAUAGUUUAGGUUUGUAUCUUCUCGCCUUGUAGCGAUAUUUCCUCUAUUGAUUCUAAAGGUUGUCGAUGUCUUCUAAUGAGUGUUAAUGUGGAGCUGGAGCGCUGAGGGGCGGGUCAGCUGUUUACUUCGUGUCGGGUCGUCAUGCACCAUUCUGGUCCAAAGAGCAAUGAGCUGGGGGUCCUGCCGGCGAUGGAUCAGUUCUCCGGCCUCGUCAGCCUUCCUGAGAUCAUCUUUGACUUCAGUCAUCCAAGUUCCUCUGGUCAUCAGAGAGGACCACCGUCCAACAGAAGCUGGGAGAGACGAUGUCUCCGGAAGCACAGGAAGAGAAAUGAUGAUAAUGAGUACGUGGCAAAGAGGAGGAAGUUGGUGGAGGAGGGAGCGGCCCUCUCAGAAAGCUCCAGCCCAGCGGAUAUCUGCUCCGGCUGGACCCCAGCGAGCAGCUGCCCUUCUCUGUCAGCGCCAGCAGCCAGUCCCCCUCCUCCCCACCAGGAGGGGGUCUUUCCCCAGAACCCCCCAGCCCCGGGCCGUCUGGAGGCGGAGGGCUCCUGUAUGGAGGUGGACGCAGCACAGAGGAGGCUCAGAGAGAUCGAGGACAGAAUAACGCUGGAGGAUGACGAUGACGACGAAGACUUGGACGUGGAGCCGUUUCCUAGACGUCCGGUGCUGGUGAUGUCAGAGAGUUUGAGGCAGGGCCUCCAACGGGGAAUGGGUGACAUCCUGCCGCACAAGGUGGCCCAGUCUGUGAACCAUUCCUGCAUGGAGCUGGUGUUGUGGCGCCCGCCGGACGACGCACUGUCCCGGAGGCUGAAGGACUCCCUGCAGAGGCAGCAGCGCAAGAAUCAGACGGCCAGCCGACAGCCCCCGCCCCCCUGCCCUUCUCCUGGUCCCCCCAGCGCCCCUCCCGUGGUCCGCCCAGCUCCCGCAGCCCCCUACCGCCCUGCGUACAGUUUCCCCGAGGCAGACCCCUCUGGAGAAGAGGACAUGGAGCUGUGACCCUCCCCCGGGAAUCCGUGCCGGGCGAGGGCAGGAAAGACUGCAGAACCACAGCCGACCCUUAGAACUCCUGAACUCCUUACUGUCCAGCAGUGACCCUGAAAGGCGUCUCAGUUUGGUGUUCCUGGUCCAGCCGACCGUGAAGCAGGUCACUUUGUGGCCGUGUUUCGCUCUUUGAUGUCUGCUCUUAUGAAACCGCUUCAGAGACGUCUCAAAACUCUAGAAACCUUCACGGAACCGAUUUCCUUUGUUUCACAGUCUAGUGGGCUCAGUCGAUGCACUUUGAUACAGAUUCAAAUACUCGUUUUGCCAAAGCCUAGACAGCCUAGCACACUUAAAUACUAGCUUGGAUGUUCAAUCCUUUCGAUCUUUGACUUAAUCUGUUUGUGAUCAGCCUUUGAGCGUAUCCACAUAGUUGGUAGUUCCUCUCCCCUUUCGCUGGAGCAUGGCCGUGUGUUGGAGAUGUCAUGUGAAAGUGUUCUAGCGUUUGAGGAUUGAUGAGCGUCUUUCACCCAGCCUCCACCGAUUUGAUGACAUUGCGUUUUGGAAAGUGUUUUAUGAUUUGAAUGUAUACUUUUAUGUAUUUGGCAUAAACCCUGGUUAAGGGUAAUAACCAGUCAUUGAGUGUCACUUUAUAUACAUGUUUCAAUUUAAAUAAAAUCGGUUAUAUUAUUUAUUAUUAAAUAUUGCAUUUUGCCCCCUUAUACAAAUAUCACCACAACACUGGUAGUUAAACAGGGUUUCUCCUUUAAGGUAAAAUGAGGAGCAUCAGGCAUGAAGCCUGAUGCUUCAUACCCGUAGUUCACCCUGGGCAGUGAAACGAUAAAGUGCUGAUGUAUGGAAGGAAGAACCCAGUCACCCCGCACUGGGUCAACCUGACCCUGAGCUGUUCUUAGUACGGGACACGUGUCACCAUAACGCCUCGUAAAGCUCUGCUUUAAGUAGUGAAGCUGCUCCAUGUUAACGGCACACCUUGGAUGGACCUGUGCUCAACGAACACACACACACACAAUGAGGAUCUGUGAGCGUGUACGUACGCUCACACUGAUCCUCAUUGGAGAGCUUCCCUUUCGGGUCCAUUUAAUGAGCUGACUGUU